UAUAUUUAGACAUAGAUCCAGAAGUCUAGAUGAUCUCUGUUGUUGCACUUUGAAAAACACUAGUUUGGCAGCUCUUCCUUUAAAACCUGUUACCAUAUGAUACCUCUAAAGAUGGCUGAUCGCGAUUCUCCCAAUAUAAAUGUUGGGAUAUUAACCAUAAGUGAUUCCUGCUACAAUGGAUCCGCUACUGAUAGAAGUGGAGAAAAUCUCAAACAUCUUGUGGAAACUGGAAAACUGAUUAAAGGCACUGUGGUUACAAAGGACAUUAUCCCAGAUGAACUUGAUCAAAUUAAGGCUAAACUUCUUCACUGGAGUGACCAUCUCAAGCUUGACCUUAUCCUGACCACAGGAGGUACUGGUUUUGCUCAUCGUGAUGUCACACCAGAGGCAACUAAAGCUGUUCUUGAAAAAGAGGCCAUGGGACUGACAGUAGCUAUGCUCAAAGGUUCACUUGAUAUUACUCCAAUGGCAAUGUUGACAAGGUUGGUGUGUGGUUCUAGAGGCAGUACUCUCAUUAUUAACCUCCCAGGAAGUACCAAAGGCUCAUCGGAGUGCUUUCAGAUUGCAUCUGUGGCCAUACCACAUGCAGUAGACCUGCUUCGUGGGCAUAAGUACCAGGUGGAGAGAACUCAUUCUGCACUCCAAGCUGAACACAACCUUUCACAGCAGCAUGGUCACAGUCAUGGGCACAGUCAAGAGAAGCUCCAUUCUUCAUCAGGCCUCCCUCGGAGCCGUCACAACUCCUCUGGCCACCAAUCCAGUCGUAUGUCACCCACAGCCCUGCCGCACCCUCCCUUGCUGAAUGAUGGGGACAAGGGAAACAACCACCACCAUCACCACCACCACCGCUGCCAUGCCCACAGUCAUGUUAAUGCUGAUCAGGUUGCCCUGAGAUCAAGAGAAUCACCGUAUCCCAUCAUCCCUGUAAAGCAAGCAGUGUCCAUUGUUCUGGAAAGUGUGUCACUUCUGCCUGUUGAACCUGUAGAAAUUACAUGUGCAUUAGGUCGUUACUUGGCAGCAUCUGUCUAUGCUGCUGAUCCCUUGCCUCCAUUCUGCGCCUCAAUCAAAGAUGGGUAUGCUGUCAAAGCUGAAGAUGGUGCAGGAGUUAGGAUGGUGUAUGGAGAGUCUUCAGCAGGUGAUGUGCCAGAGAAAACUGUUACUUCGGGUUUCUGUAUGCGCAUUAACACUGGCGCCCCAGUUCCAAAUGGUGCCGAUGCUGUUGUACAAGUUGAGGAUACAGAACUUGUUGAGGCCUCGGUGGACGGCAAGACAGAGAUACAGAUCAGGAUUCUCAAGUUUCCGACUGUUGGUCAAGACAUCAGGCCUGUUGGAUCGGAUAUUGAGAAAGGUCAAGAGGUUCUUAGUGUUGGACAGAGACUUGGUCCAUCUGAGCUUGGACUACUUGCCACUGUGGGUGUAACCACUGUCCAGUGUUAUUCUUUACCAACUGUCGGUGUUCUGUCUACUGGUAACGAGCUGGUUGAACCUCAUGCACCGCUAACUGAAGGUAAAAUCAGGGACAGUAACAGAACAGUUUUGUUAGCUCAACUCAAGGAGCUUGGUGUGCCAUCUGUUGACCUAGGGAUCGCCAGAGACAGCCCUGACACUUUGCUACAGAAGCUCUCUGAUGCCAUGGACAUGGUGGAUAUUGUAGUCACGACAGGCGGAGUCUCAAUGGGAGACAAGGAUUACCUAAAGCAGGUCCUUCUGGUGGACCUUAAAGCCAAAAUUCAUUUUGCCCGAGUUCUGAUGAAGCCAGGGAAGCCAACAACUUUCGCGACACUAGAGCACAAAGGGAAAACAAAAAUUGUGUUUGGUCUCCCUGGCAACCCAGUCUCGUCUAUAGUCACGUGCCAUUUGUACCUGGUGCCGGCCAUUCGGAAGAUGUCCGGCUGCCCGAACCCACUUGGGACAGUGAUAAAAGUCAAGGUGGAUAGAGACCUUAUUCUGGACCCCAGGCCUGAGUACCACCGAGCUUCCUUGACCUGGGAUGCUGACGAUGCCACCCCUACCGCCCACACCACAGGAAAUCAGAUCAGUUCACGCCUUCUCAGCAUGAGCUGCGCCAGUGUCUUGAUGAUGCUCCCAGCUAGUUCUCCAGGGGCCUCGCACAUCCCCAAAGGCGCCCUUGUUGACGCACUGGUUAUCGGUCCUGUCUGAAGUCUUUUUUUAGUGCAUAUAUCUAUGUAUAUCUAGUAAUCAAGUUAUAAUAUGAACAUCAGAGUAAACAGAGCACAUGAUAUAUCAUUAGUACUUUAAGUGAGGAAUGUUAGAUCUCAGUUUAGACAAAGUCAGAACAAAAGCUCACUUAUAUACACUGGUGUUGUUUGUUUGUUUUUUUUAUGAAUUUUUUUUCUAUUCAGAAUGUUUUGCACCAUUUAACGCCCACACAUACAAGUAAGAUAGAACUAUGGAUCAAUGCAUAUAUGUCUGUAAUGUAACAAUGUGUCUAGUAAUUGGGGUAUGAUUUAACUCGCUGAAAAGAAUAUUUUUUGCUUAGUGUUCUUGGAAAGUAUGUUUAUCACUAACAAGCAAAAUAUAUUAAAAAAAAACAACUUGAAAAACUGCAUAAUUACUGCCAUAUCUUUCAAUACUGCCAGAUUUAUCUCCAUUUUAUAUAUUAAGAUCAUAAUUAAUUAAUCACCACUAUUUAAUUGGUAAUUUAUUUUAUAGAUUGAUGUAUUGUUUUUGACAAUGAAUAAUUUUUCAAAGUUUCAACUUAAUCAGAGAAUGGGACAUGGGAGAAAUAAUCUGUAAAAGAUUUGUACCAGACUUCACAACUUUGGAGUGUAAAUCUUGAAACCUUUUUGACUUCCCAUAACCUUGUUUUUGUUGUGACAUAAUCAAAAUUGUCAUCAGUGGGUGGAGUUGGUGUUGAUGGUUGGCUAGAAUGAAAUAUAAAUUCAAAGGCCAAGAUUUGUAGUGAUUAAGCUUAUUGAAUCUAUUACUACGUUGUUUUUUUCUCUGUGUUAUGACCAAUCAGUAAGUGAACAAACUCUGUGAUACUUUAAAGAAAGAAAUAAAAUCUUAACUAUUUUCAGCUAGGAUCAAACAUGAAUUUUUCUUUGGAACAUUUUUUAAAAAAUGCCACCAUCUAUUGAUCUCACAAUGUUGUGACCAUUGUUAUAUGUAUGUAUAAUGUAUGUAUAUAGAUAGAUAGAUAGUUAUGUAGAUUUAUUGCUGGUCAUGAUUACUUAGCUCCCCACCCCAACAAAAACAUGCACACAGUUUAAUGAAGAAAACCUACUGAUAUUACAGGCCCAGUGAAAGCCAAAAUCUCUGUCAAGAUAGUAGAAAUAAGUCCAUGUAGACGUCCUGACAUAAAACAAUGCUUGCUGUAGAACUUAUUUGAUUGACACAUUGCUCUGAAUGAACAAAGGCAAACUAGUUAUAGAGUGAGAUUUGUUUUGUCCAUUGCUUAGUACAGAUGCUUCCAAAGUUAGUGCCUUAAUCAAAAGAUUAACAUUCUAGCAUUGCCAGUUAUUUGUUUCAUGGCAAUGCCAGGAGUGGUCACUAAUACUUACACUUAAGAGUUGAUUGUAGUAUUACAGACAAGCCAAAUGUUUCUAUUUAGUUUUGUGUUUCCGCUAUGAACAGGCUUGUUGGCCUGAAAUUUACGGUCAGUAAAUGUACCCAACAGAAUGUUACAACGGUUGCUUGGAAAGUUUGUAGAACAUGACCUCAAAACUUUACAAUGUGUUUCUUUUUUGUAACCUUGGAAUGAAAUUUGACAGGGUUUUUUGUUGUUUUUUUUUGUUUAGUUCUUAAGACUCAAACAAUAACUUUGCAUUUCCUAUAGUAACUUUUCAAAAAUUAAACAAAUGUAAACUACCAAUUACAAAUCAUUUUUAUAAAGUAUAAAUGAUUAAACUUUCACAACUCUAUGAGAGUAUACACUAUUAUAUUAGGGCUAGCAAACUUUUCAAUGUAACUUUUAGUUCAACAUUUUGUUUUCACAUUUCACAACACAAAUGUGAUUAAUAGUUGAAGAUAUUGUGAUUAGAUCUCAUUGACCAUGUCAACUUACUUUGUCAAUGUUAUUACUUUGUUUAGUUAAAUGUAACUUUCUAUUUCUUCUUGACAGCAGAAAUCCACAUAUGAGAUUAUUGAUGCAGAAAUGUUUAUGUUUUAUUAUUUCUAUUUUCAUACUUAGAAUUGGUUUGAAUAAACUAAACACUAUAGUAAAUAUCUGAA